CAAGCAUGUACGGAAAUGUUUAAAGAAGCAUUUGAUAUGAUCUUUAUUCUGAAGUGAAACUCAGUCUUAUGAAUAACCUUCCAAGAGUUCGGUGUAAUUGCAUUUGCAAGUGACAACUGAGUAGCUGCCCGAAGGUGAUAUGUACUGAGGAACUAUGAAUGGCAAAAAACGAUGUAUGAUCAUCAGUGAACGUUCUUAAACAGCUGCCGUUGAAGAUGGUUGAGUCCAGGACACUGUCCUGAGUGACUUAUGCAGCCAUGUCUGAUAUUAUUGGCCAUGUUUCGACUAAGGCUGUGACGAGGUCUGGAGCUAACUAGUCCUGGUUUUUCCCAAACUAAGCACCAGUGAGCAGGUUAUUGAUUCCAAGAUGUUUGCCGUGCUGUACCUGGUGGUCUUUGUGUACUGUAUAACUGGCCAACCUCUUCUGAUUAAACUCAAAGGAGAACGGAGAUACACCAGUAACUUCCCCAAAUUAAUAUGUAGUGCUCCUGGCUUACCCGGAUCGCCAGGACCACCGGGGGCAAAUGGAACUCCUGGCCCACAUGGGCGCAUUGGCCUACCAGGCAGAGAUGGGAGAGAUGGAAGACCAGGUGAAAAGGGUGAGAAGGGGACAGCAGGGAUAAGAGGGAAAACUGGACGUGAUGGAGACUUGGGUGAUAAAGGUGAUAAAGGACCAGCUGGUAAAACUGGAAUUCAAGGACAAAGUGGCUUGAAAGGGAAAACAGGACCAACAGGAUCUUCAGGACCAAGAGGAAACAAAGGACAGAAAGGGGAUCCUGGACCACCAGGUGUUUGUAAAUGUGGGAGUUUGGUGCUCAAAUCUGCCUUUUCUGUUGGCAUAACUACCAGUUACCCAACAGAGAGAACACCCAUUAUAUUCAAUAAAAUCCUCUUCAAUGAGGGUGGCCAUUACACUCCUUCCUCUGGAAAGUUUAUAUGUGCCAUUCCAGGGAUAUAUUUCUUUUCUUAUGACAUUACCCUGGCUAAUAAACAUGUUGCACUUGCACUGGUGCACAAUGGUGAAUAUCGUAUAAGAACUUUUGAUGCUAAUACGGGGAAUCACGACGUAUCUUCAGGAUCCACUGUUAUGUACCUGAAGCCAGAAGAUGAAGUGUGGCUGGAGAUCUUUGAGUAUGAACAAAAUGGUCUGUUUUCUGAUCCUAACUGGACUGACAGUUUAUUUUCUGGGUUCUUGCUUUAUGCUGAUGCUGAUUACCUGGAUGCUUUGGCAGAAGAUGAACUAUAGUACAGAAAGGACCAAAUAUUUUAGUUUGAUUUCCAAGUCUUUUGUCAAGAUACACUAUAAAUAUUUAAUGGUAAAACAGGCAUGUUUGAAUUAUACAAAAUUAUUCUAAUUCUCACUGACUGCUCCACCUUGGAAUUAGAAUGGGACUUGCUACCAAAUAUUGCCCGAUCCUAGGGUUAGUUUUAAUCUGGUUUAAUUUACUAAUAGACUUAAUUAGAAGUGGUGUAUUUGGGAUCAACCUUGAUAAUGACAUUUCACAUAUUCAGUUCACAACUACAGGAUAUAUUAGAAUGGUUUCCACAUUAGUACGGCUCAGAUUUUUUUCAAGGACAAUGUAAACACCCAUGAUGUGACAGUUCAAAUCCAGAACUUAAAUGUUACUCUGUGGAAACUACAUUUUACAUCUGUUUAUUGAUAUUAAUUGAAUUGUUUUUUUUAUUUUGAUUUAUGGUCUACAUUACUCCAA